CAGCGGCACCGUAAAGCGUGGCGAGUUGUUGACAGCGGCGGCGGGAGUAGGGACUCGGCCCAGCGGGGGACAGAGACAUGAGCAAAGCCCGGAGGCCACCGCCGGGCCGCGGCGCCGCCAUCGCUAGGCAGAUGGGUUUGCUGGUGGACCUCUCUCCGGAGGGGAUGGCGGGGGACGACGCCGGGGACGAUGCUGCUGAGCUGGAGGCCGAGCUGCUGGCUCUGGUGGGAGGCCGAGCUGUGCCAGGAGAGAAGCCCAAGGGGAAAACGCCUUUGCCGAUGGAGGCGAUCGAGAAGAUGGCGGCACUCUGCAUGAGGGACCCGGACGAGGAGGAGGGGGAUGACGACGAAGAGCUGGCGGACGAAGAUGAUCUCAUGGCUGAGCUGCAGGAGGUGCUGGGUGAAGGGGAGGGGAGCACGGCCACACCGGCGCCUCCUGCCAAGGCGCCGGAGCCACCACCAGAGCCCAGCGGCAUCGAGUCAACACUGACAGAGCGGGCGGGGAUGUACCGGGCGGCCAUUGCCAGCGCCCGGCAGGCCGGGGACGGCUCCAGGCUGCGGCGCUACGAGAGGGGCCUCAAG